AUGGCGGAAGCCGAGGCCAAGAAAUACUGGCAAAAAGGUUGGUUGGCCAAGGGCAUAGACCAGUUAGUCGCCUGGAUCUGGACAGGAAAAAGUGGGGAUGCGGGCGCCUUGAUGAAGGCCCAAAAGGCGCUCGAUGAGGCCAACGCCAAAUCCGCCGCUCUCCUACCCGGCCCUCCUGACCGACCACUACGCCUUUAUUACGAGGGCGGGAGGAUGUCAAAAGCGUGGCGGUGA